AGAGCCGGGUCGGCUUAGCCCUGCGAUCUGCCUCAUUCGCUGAGCGGGUCCGUGAAUUGUCAGCGCGCUCGGGGCGGCUUCUGAGCCUGGGCAGCCGCCGGGCUUGUCGUGCUCCCUCUGAGGUGCUUGCCCGAGCCAAUGUGCCCCGGUCCGCUAGGGCGAGAGCAGUCGCUGGUUCGGGACAACUUGGGAUUCAGGACCCGCAGCAGGGGCGUCGGUUUGCGAUCGGGACUCGGCGAGGAGGAUGGAAAUCCUGUAUGAAUGUGGAAGCCAUUAGCAAAGUAAUUGCUGUCUGUUACCAUGACAACCAGCCGCUGCAGUCACCUGCCCGAAGUGCUGCCAGACUGCACCAGCUCGGCUGCGCCCGUGGUGAAGACCGUGGAGGAUUGUGGCAGCCUAGUGAAUGGGCAGCCACAGUAUGUCAUGCAAGUUUCAGCCAAGGACGGGCAGCUGCUGUCAACCGUAGUGCGGACUCUUGCCACCCAGAGCCCCUUCAAUGACCGGCCGAUGUGCAGGAUCUGCCACGAGGGCAGCAGCCAAGAGGACUUGCUCUCUCCAUGUGAAUGUACGGGGACCUUGGGGACAAUUCACCGGAGCUGCCUGGAGCACUGGCUGUCGUCCUCAAACACCAGUUACUGUGAACUCUGCCACUUCAGGUUUGCAGUCGAGCGCAAACCCAGGCCGUUAGUGGAGUGGCUCAGAAACCCAGGCCCCCAGCAUGAGAAGCGGACCCUGUUUGGAGACAUGGUGUGCUUCUUGUUCAUAACUCCCCUGGCCACCAUCUCAGGCUGGCUGUGCCUGCGGGGCGCCGUGGACCACCUGCACUUUAGUAGUCGGCUCGAAGCCGUUGGACUGAUUGCACUCACUGUCGCACUCUUCACUAUUUACCUCUUUUGGACACUAGUGUCAUUUAGGUACCACUGUCGAUUGUACAACGAAUGGCGUCGGACCAAUCAGAGGGUGAUUCUCCUCAUUCCAAAGUCUGUCAACGUACCUUCCAACCAGCAGUCCUUGCUGGGCCUCCAUUCUGUCAAGAGGAACUCAAAGGAGACAAUCGUUUGAUAUUUGUGUGGUUGGUUGGUUGACUCAUUGUUUGGGGUCUGGAAGUUUCUGCACUGGGGCCAUGCACUGAGCCACCCCCAAACCCUUCCUUAAGCCUGUGGGUCUAAGAACAUCCAGAGCCGUGUUAGCACAUCAUCCUGAGCAACGAACUCUGCCAGAAGAAAGCAAACGCUAUUUUACUUCAAAUCAUGGAUGCUGCAAUCAUAUGAUAUUUGCUAAGCUGCCAAACAUGUUUAUUUAGCAGAUACUGUAUGGAAUUUUCUGAACACCUCUUUAACAGAUGAGGAAGGUUGUCCUGCUAAAGAUGCAAUUCAAUUCUUCCUUUUUUAUUACUAUUUCAAAUAUAUAUAUAUUAAACUUAGAUGAUAAUCAAAAUUGAAAAGCCAAUGUUAAAACUGGUUUCUUGGUUUGGAUGGGUUUUGUUGGGGUUAGCUUAUUUGUUUUCUGGUUCCUACUGUAGAUUCUUUGGGGUAUUUGAUAGCCUGAAUGGUCUUUUUCAUCUCUUUUAUGUCCCUUACUCAAGGGGACAGCAUAACAACUGCAGAACAAGUCAUAUUUGGAGAAUGUUUUGUACUAAACUUCAUUGAAUUAUUCAGUUUUUAAAGGAAAAAAAGGCGUGGCAACUCUCCCCACAGUGAGCUGUUUAUUUAAAUUUCGUUAAGGAGAAAAAAAAAAUUAUGGUGAGAAGCACGCUACUUUCAACUUGUUUGGUACUGACAGCUGAUAGAAGCUAUUUUCUAAUAAUAAAUAUCCAGUGUGUGAAAGACAAACCCCACUGAUUGCAAUACUUUUUUUUAAUCAUAAAAACCUGUGAAGUUUCCCAAAGUAGAUUUUAAAAAAGAGGAAAAGCGAAAAGGUUGGUGUUCUUACUCCCAUCUCAUUGAGUGCCCGUCUCGAUUCUGCAUUCACGAUGAAUUGGAGGAUCAUUAGACAUUUCUAGGAACCCUGGACCUGUUUUGCAUAUCAAUUAGCAUUCCCAUUGCUCUAUUGAAUUUCUAGCUUGACAGGUAGAUGUGGCAAAAAAGCCUGUCCUAGCAGUCUAAGACCCCUUUGUCUGAUUUUCA